UUAUUUUCAAUACUAAGAAAACCCAGCUUUGACAUUAUUGUUGCAAAAAAAAUUCCAUUGUCAUCAAAAUUUUCUUCCACCUAGUUACUUGUGUGAAGGUUUUAUGCGAUUAUUUACGGUGUAUUAGCGACCAUAUAGAACAUCGUCUUCCCAUAUCGUAUAUUAGUCCAGACUGAGCAUGAAAAUGCGGUACAUCUAUCACAAUGUCUAAGCAAACGUACAUAUUAUAAGGAUUCGUUUGUUAUUUUUUCGCACGGAAGUCUGUUGUUUGUCUACCCACAAAGAAUAUUCAUUGAAUAGCAGAUAAGGUUUUUUAGAAUCAUCGUACGUGAAGUAGCUAGAGGCUGGUCCUUACAAACCUCCUAAUUUUUGUUCAACCGUUGACGUUUUUUUGUUGUUUAUUCACUUUGAUUGUUGGUGUGUGUGAAGUCAAUUACUGUCACACUUAUAAAAGAUCACGAUGGCUUGUCGGCGAUGGAGAGGAAAUUUGCGUUUAAUUUGUUUACUGAUUUAUUCAUUACAAGUAGCUUGUACUCGUUCAAGUGGCUACGAUAGUCUCCCGAUUGGUAUUCGCCUGAAGGAGAACUUGGCUACAGAGGUUUGUAAAAAUCAGAUGAAAAAACUUGGAUAUAAUCUACAACGACCGCUAUUCAACCUAUGCCAAGAGAGUAACACGUUAUUUACGGAAGCAAUAAACGGAUUUAAACAGGGAAUUACACAAUGUAAAUCGAGCUUUGGGAGAAUGAGAUGGAACUGUACAAACCACUCGACUGGUAAAAUAAAUGUUUUAUUUGGAAUUGUCAUGGCAAGAGGUUCAAGAGAAGCCGCUGUCAUGUUCGCCAUGGCAUCAGCCGGUAUGGUUGAAAGAAUCGCAUCUGAGUCAUACCGAGAACGACGUCGAAAAAAGAAUCAAACUGUAAGGGGUUGUAACCAACUACACGGCGGUCGAAACGCGCGAGCUUUUGUCAACACUAAUGAUUGUGACACCGACAUUGACAUAGGUGAUACAUAUGCUCGGAAAGUCAUGCAAAAUUGGCUAACGACACAGAAAUCAAGCAAUGAGGAGGAUCUCAUGAAUAUACAUAAUGCUCGUGUUGGACGAUUAGCAGUGCGACAACAUAUGAAGAAAGUUUGUAAAUGCAUUGGUUUAUCAGGGGCGUGCAAUGCCCGAUGUUGCUAUAAAGAUUUACAACCGCUUAGUAAAAGUAUUGCAUGGUUGAAGAAACAAUACAAGAAUGCGAAAAAGGUAAAAACAGGACCACGUUUCAAACGAGAUGGAAUUAAAUUACUAGUAACUGCAAAAGAUUCUAUAGCUCCAGAGAAAGCAGACUUAAUAUAUCUACACGAUUCGCCAAACUACUGUCUGCAUGAUCCUAGAACAGGAAGUUUGGGUACUACAGGACGGCAAUGCAGAUUAAACACUAAUGAGACAGAUAAUUGCGAUAGCAUGUGUUGUGGACGGGGGUAUGAGACCCACGUUAUGACACGAGACGAAAAAUGCAAAUGUAUAUUUAUUUGGUGCUGUGAAGUUAAGUGUCAGACAUGCCGCCGAUUUUACACUAUCCAUCGCUGCAAAUAAAAAAUUAAAAAAGUCACCAGCAAUGACGCUAUGAAAUGUUAUUCUUAGUGGAGCAGUGGGAGGAAAAAUUAGAAAAUGACAAGCUUGCUGACAGCAUGAAAGAUUACGUGAAAUCUUUGAAGUGGAUUUCAAAUCGUGAUCGAUCUUAAAAUGACGACUGCUAGUCAGUUGAAAGAGUUGUAUCCGAUACAUUUUUUCAAAGUAUAUACUUUGAAAACAAAACCUAUUUAAAAAGGUUAAACCUGUACACACUACAAUUAAGAGGGAUUCAGUGUGCCCAUUUCACAAAAAACUAAUAGCCAAUAUGUUCAAUCCUGACUAAUUUUUUAAAUGGUUUUGUUAUAAGAAUUAAACUUUUUUAGAUUUAUUUAUUUUUGUAUCCAUGUAUUAAAAUCUGUAAGUUUUAACUUUAAUUUAUAACCAGUAUCUAAAUAAAUUAUCAUUCCGUAAACAAA